AUGCCGUUUGACAACGCGGGGAUCAGCAUGGCACCCCUGCAGCCCACAGUCAAGACCGGCAGCAGCAAGACCUUCACCGGACCCUCAGCCGGUGUGCCUCACCAGGAGGGCUACACUGAGCGGACACAGCGGGCUGUCGAGGAGAACGAGGUGGAUGCCCAGGAGCUUGGCUUCUCCGCCGCGCGCUCCGACGCCAAAUUCACAACCGCCGCGAGUCCCGGCGACCACCACAGCGGCGCGACCGACGGCGACAAGCCCGUGGGAGGGGAUGGCGCACAGAUUGCGGGGGAUGUGGAGUGA